AUGCUUUCUGCAGCGGGAAUACGCCUCCGGCUUACAGCAACUAUCGCCCUCAUCACUAUCGUCUUAUUUUUCGCCUCCUUUCGAGUGCUUAACCCUGAAGCUCACGAACUUUUUGAGCUUCAAGAGGAUAUUCCUCCGAUACUUGAUCACGCGCAAGCGAAGUCUACCGUCAAAUCGAGCCAAAAUUCUGAGUCAAUCUAUGAGAUAUACAAUGAGACCUUGGGUUUUCAAAAGAUAUAUAUGAUCUCCCUUCCAGAACGGACGGAUAAGCAAGAUACCUUUGCUAUGCAGGCGGCGUUUUCUGAAAUCUCAUAUAUCCUUGCGGAUGGAGUACACGGCGACAAAGUCCCUGCGAAAGCGUUACCACACACAAUGAGUCAGAAGGCAAAUGUCAUUGGGUGUUGGCGUGCACAUCUUAAUGUCUAUCAGAAGAUAGUGCAUGAAAGAGUGUCUACCGCCUUAGUCUUCGAAGACGAUGCCGACUGGGAUGUGGCAUUAAAGCACCAACUCGUGCAAUUCGCUCGAGGUUCAAGAUUCCUCGCGGACACCGUCGAAGGAGACCUAGCACACUCUCCAUAUGGCGAUGACUGGGAUAUGCUUUGGAUCGGCCAUUGCGGUACCUGGGUAUUACCAGACAAGAACCGUCGAUUCUUCGUCAUCCCUAGCGAUCCUACCGUUCUACCACCUCAGUUACGGGAAGAUAACGUGGCAAAGCCAGACAUGAGCCGCUGGCGUACCAACCCUGACGGCGGCGAACAGACAAGAAUAGUCUUCCAUUCAGAAGGCGCUGUGUGUACCUCUGCGUACGCUAUCUCCCAAAAGGGCGCACGCAAAGCUAUCUAUUAUUUAUCUAUGGUCCCCUAUAACGCUCCGGUCGACUGGGGGCUUGCUAACCUCUGUAAGAAUAAAGAACACAAUUUUAAGUGUGUAUCGUCAUGGCCUCAGCUUGUUGGCGUCUCUAGACCUACAUCAAACACCGCUAAAUGGAGCGAUAUCGAUUCCCCCCCGGACUCAGAGAGCACAGCUCAGGACGGACAUUCGUAUCAUCUCAUGUACUCAGCACGACAAAACCUACAGCAUUGGCUCAAUGGGACGAGAAUCUUUGAGAGUCAAUACCCUGACAUCGCACCGCCAAUGGGAAUUAGCGAUAUUGGUAAAGCGAUAGGUUACCCCGAGAUUCUGGUGGGAUAA